CCCAGUGGACGUGACGCCACACAUAAAGUAAGCUGAGGAGCCGCUCUCCUACUGUUAGCAGGAAGGGGUUUCUUCUGUUGAGCAGGCAUAAAAAAAAGAAUAGGUCGGAAGUCCGGUCAAGUCUUCAUUUAAAUCGUCAUAGAUCUCGCCGAAUCUUGGGCCCGGCUUGUUGCGAAUGUGCGGCUGGACCGCAGUUAGUUGGCGCGGAGAAGCCGAAGCGGGAACCGGGCGGCGAUUACUGAGCUCUGUUAAAAUGGAGGACGAAGAGGUUGCGGAGAGCUGGGAAGAAGCGGCGGACAGCGGGGAAAUCGAAAGACGACUCGAGGCAAAGCUGAAAAUAAACCAGCUUUCAAAGAAGUCCAAUUCAAGUUCGCCCGUGAGAACCGCAAUUGUAAUCCAGGAUGAAUCUCUUCCUGCAGCACCGCCACCGCAAAUCAGAAUUUUAAAGCGGCCGUCAAAUAACGGCACCGCGGGAAAUCCUGCGUCCUCGUCUCGGCCUUCCCAGCAGAUGAAGUCUUUGGCGCAGCGUGAGGCGGAGUACGCGGAGGCUCGUCGGAGGAUUCUGGGUAGCGCUUCGUCAGAUGAUGCAGCUCAGGACAAUCCAGGCCAAGAGAGGCCAGUUCGUAUGACUGCGCAGCCACCCUCCGAACCAGCCCGUCCCAACAGUCACGCGAUCCGCCAGCCCACCGGGCCCGACGGCACCUCAGGCUUUCGCCUCGGCAGAUAAACCCGAGCCUCCCGCUUAUCGACGGGGUCAAACGUGUCCCCCGAGAGCAGUGAAAAGGGGGUUGCGCGGCGUCAAGAGCAGAGCAGAGCAGAGUGGUGUGUGAACAUUUUGAAAAGCUUAAAGAUAAACGAUGAACUGGUCCACCCUCGCUCUACCCAACGUAACGGCACCGUCUCUGCCAACCGUCACGCCGUCUCUCUUUGCGGAACGGAUAGGAGGGGGUGGCAGAGAUUGGCCACACCCCCCCGCCUGUUCUACAUUUAUAAGGGGGCUUUUGCCUAACAUCCCUGCACACUGUGAUUCUUCGCUACACCGCGAGGUGCCCUUCGACGCUUACUUAUUUGCAGAUGAGCGUCGGGGUGUCGGAUGUCGGUCCCUUCCAGGCCAAUUAAGUUAGUCCGGGAACAGCCUCCGGAGAGGGGAAUAAUCGAACGAGCUGGCCCCUUCCGUGGAAAGUCGAACCGGUCGUGGCCGUGUGUCCUCCGGUAAGAUAAGUUCAGGUGGUUAAGUAUCUCUCGUUUUGGGCACUGGACAUAAAAGUCAACCUGGUGUUACUUUUCGGUCAUCGCAGAUGGAGCCCAAAGCAUCAGUCCGCAGUCCUCUGUGGGGUGCUGGUAACUGCCCAGUAGUCACCCGGAUAAAAUAGUUUCAUUAAAGCAAUAAGAAUUCCUUUUUAUUUUUUUUUUUUGUUUCAACAUAAUUAUAUCAAAGUGUAUGAGCUUUGAAAGAGAUCAACUCUAUGAAUUGAAAGUAAUUGCAAAACUGCUUAAUAUGCAGCGCGUUGGUCGGUGUCGCUCAAACACUGCAGCGUAUUUGCAGACCCUGCCAUGGAGAUGAUUGCUGAUCAAUGGUUAAAUGAUUUGCCUAAGUCACCCAAGAAAGGACGUUUCCCCUACCAUGUGAUUAUAUUGGUAAAGUUUUGUAUGAAUUUUUGGAUUUCAUUCGAAUUUAACAUUUGCUCUUAAAGGGGAAAUCCACUGGUUUGCAUUAAAAAUGUAUCCGAUAGGUCUGGGAAUGAUGCGGCGGAGGCCUUUAGCCUAGCUUCAGCGUCCGGGGCGUCAUUGCGCCUGAAGAACCAUUCGAAUAUUCAACAUUCACAGCCACAGGUUCAAAUCUGUAUGGAAGUAUUCCUCCAUCUUCCCGAUUAACCGAUACCGCUAUUUCUUCAUCAGAUGAGGACAAAUCUGAGAAAUCAGCGCUGGGCAUAAAUGGUGUCCCAUGUAAUCGAGUCUUUGUUGCGGCACCUUACACGUCACAUCCAGACACGUAGGUUAUGUGACUCGCGAAAAUGGCAGCACCUCUUAAAAUUAGUAAUUGUUGAUUAAAAAAAUCUUCUCAAAACACUUAAAUGAGAGAGUAUUUAACAUAACAUUGUCAAAAUAAAAGUACAAAUUACAUGACUUAUUGGAUACAUUAAUGGCUUUCCCCUUUAAGUUCUUCCUUACCGCAUUUUACAACAAUGUCAGAUGUCCACAACCCCCAAAGAAAAGUUUUCAAAUUCAUGAAAAUGUUCUAAUCAGCUAGUUAUUUAGUGUAUUCUUUAAACAGUCGACCCGUAUAUGCCUUAAUUCCUAAAUGCCCAACAUUAAUGGCCCGUGGCUUUUGCUUGUUCAUCUGGUGCUCGUUGCACUUAUUAAUGUAGCGUACAUUUUAAGCACGUACAAGAAAAACACAAAAUUUCUUAAGGCAUACAUAUUGUGCUCUGUUACAAAUAUUUGUUUAAAGUAGUAUUUUUGUAUCUCUAAGCAUACAAGAAAAAAAUCUGUUCCCAUUCACAGUAAUGUUUAUUUUACAUAGAUGAGACGGAUUUAUGAAAUUCUGAUCACAGUAAAAUGAAGAAAACAUCGUGCUGGAAUGUUUAAACCACAGGUGUCAAGCUCAAGGUCCGGGGGCCACAUCUGGCCCGAUGCAUGAUUUUAUGUGGCUCGCAAAGGAAGAUUAUGAGAAUCAACUUACAUGAUUUAAAAAAAAAAAAAAAGUGUACUUAAGUUUAAAAUCGUCGUAUCAUAAAUGAUAACAUUUCGAUAUUGCAAGCAAUAUUCUCUGCCCACACAACGGCAAUAGUUAAAAAACCCAAUACCCUUUUUUUUUUUUUUAAUAAAACUAGCUAAUUUCAUCUGUAAAUAUGAUGUGGAAGAUUUUCAUGGUUUCACAUUCAUAACGGCCCCUGAGGGAAACCGAAACUACAGUGUGGCCCGCGACAAAAAUGAGUUCGACACCCCUGGUUUAAACUAUUCGAGGUUAAGUCAGAAGGUAAAUUUGUUUGUUUUUGCAGUUUCCCUUAAUGGCCUUUAGAAAUAUUACACCUUGCAGUCUUGAGUAUUUGCUUGUAACUCAUUUAGGAAUGGAGAUUGUUUAAAAAAAAAAAAAAAGUGACAAGUACGAGAAAGCCAUUUGUUAUUUCUGUUUGGAUUUGUAGUUAUACAGUUUGUACUGCCUGUGAAUGAACAGCCUCCUGUGUAUGCACGGUUCUUAAGGUUCUGGAGUGACAUGCAGCAGUCACGCAGAAACCCGGGAAAGACGAUAGCGUGUGCUACUAAACUUCUAUUGGCUCUCGCAACACUCAGGGUAGCAUAUUCAUUUCCAAAACUGUAUAAUUGCGAUGUCAUCGGGAUCGGACUAAUGCCAGAACGCCGUCUUUGAAUAAGCCGCGUUCUCUUGAUUUCUAAAUGAUGCGUUUUUUCAGUUAUUACUACAAAGAAUUGAAUGAAAAUUUGGAGUUAAAAGUACGGAUCAUUUGUAACUCUCGAGCAUUGUGAGACCAGGCUCAUGAAAUUUGGAAUUUUAUUUUAAUAGAGUCAGUAGCGUUUGUUUUACUGGUCAUUUAGAAUACUGAGAAUAUUGCUGAAAGAAAAAAUCCCUUUAAUAAACCAACCAUGAAAUAAAAUCUUUUUUUAUUCA